UUCACACAAACAAAACGGGAACAAGUGAUUUAGGGCUAGGCAACUAAGGUGGUUUUUAUUGAUAAUUCACUUGUGUAUUCAAAUACAGGUAGAUAUACGACUUACGUCUGAUAUAUUUAGGAAAUUAUCAACUGCCAGUGCAACUUUACGUGGCUCAUGUAUUAAUUUAUAUAUAAAGUAUACAGUGAUUUAGCAUACGUAGCAUCGCUCAAUAAACAAGCCUAGUUGUUAUCGGGGAAAUCCUAUUUUAUUUUUGCAUUCGUGAUAUAAUUCAAUAUCGUCCGUGCCGUAUCAUCGUUAAAGAUGCGAUUCAGCUCGUACAGCUGAGAGUAUUAUGUUCGAAACUAAAGAAUUUGAUGACGAUUUUGAUCGCUUCUUUGAGGAGAAGAGCCAGUUCAGCCGGCGCGCGAUGAACAUGUCGACGAUCGCGUACGCGGUGGUGGGCGUGGUGCUGGUGCUGGUCGUGCUGGCGUGCUGCUGCCGCCGCCGCAGGAACCGCGGACAAGUGCUCUCGCCAGCGGCCACAGUGACGACGACGACGAUAACGACGCAGCCGGCGGCGCCGUACCCGCAGCAGCAGUACGCGCCGCCGCAACCCUACCCCGUUGUAACACAGUACCCCGCUCAAAACGCGAGCAUGCCGUACCCGGCGGCGUACCCCACGGGUGCCCCGUACCCGACCGGCUCGUACCCGGCGGGUUCGUACCCGGCGGGCUCGUACCCCGGCGGUACGGGCGCACAAAGCGCGGCCCCGUACCCGACUGCCGCGCCGUACCCUACUGCGGGGGCCCCGUACCCUACUGCGGGGGCCCCGCACCCGACCGGCGGCCCCCCGUACCCGACCGGUGGAGCGCCUUUCGCACAACCCAGUGCACCUGAAGCUAGCGCUUUCAUUGGUAUAGCGGCGCCAGGUUGGCACCCUCAAGCACUACCUCCAUCGUACGACCAAGCAGUGGGCAAACAGGCAAACAUAUACACCGGGACACACUAGUUGAGUUAUAUACCUAUAGAUAUAUUAUAAUGAUGUGAUAUUGCGUGUAGGUACGUCUGUACGAACCUUCGAAUGAUUGCGUUUAUAAACUAAAGCUGGCCCGCAUCUGAUGAUGUUUUUGUAUUUGUGUGAUGGAUUACGAAUUUAUUUUGGAUCUUAGAAGCGCUUUUAUGUUUAUUGUUUGAUUUGUUUAUUUUUACUAUUUUAUAAAGGUGUACUGAUAGACUUUCUUGUAUUUUGGGUGUUCAUAAAAUAUGAUUUAAUAAUGUGCUAAUUAAUCGCCUCCUUUAUAUUUUCCAAGAGGAAAUAAAUAUUUUGUUUUUGCAUUUAUUUAUUUUUUUGCGCCCUGAGCCAGCUUUAGUUUGUAACAUUUUAUGUGAAUUUAAUAUUAAUGUUAGAUAUUAUUUAGGCAUUUAAAAACUAAGCUAAGCGCUACUGUGAAAUUUUAACAUACCUUAUAUUAUUAUGUAUUAAAAAUGCUAUGUACCUUAUGUGAUUCAAUAUGUACGAAACAAUGAAAUUAAAUUAUAUGGAUUAUUUCCUAUUUCCUAUAAUAUGUUGUAUAUAGACGCAGGUUCGUAUAUAGUUUAUGAUUUUAAUUUAAUUUUGUUGUUUCAUAUAUAUGUAAGUAUAUAAAUAAAUACGUUUAUUUCGUAUGAUACAGGAAUAUAAUUUGUCCAGCCAUUUAUUAAAGAGAAAUUAACCCUCCCUUAAACAUCGACUCUAGUAAAAAUAGUACUUAUUUGAUAUUCCGAUAAACAAAUCCUAAGCUGUUGUUAAUUCGUUAUUUAUAAUAAUUUGAUUAUAAGUAAAUAAUUUAUUGUUAUUUCCUGCAUUUUAACGUAAAAUAUAGAUUAAAACAGUUGUAAUAGAAAAGAAGUAAAUAAUAAUGACAUAAACUAUACAAAUACAUACUAUUAAUACGUAGAUUACGUCUUGAACAGAUUAUAUUAUCAAACUUUAUUGUUGUCAUUCUUCAGAUGUUUUUACUUCCGUAUUAAGUAUUGCUCUAUUUCAAAAUAAAAUAGCUCAAUCUAUCGAUUUUAUCUUCCGUAGUUGCGAUGUAAACUUUAUAAAAUAGCUGGAACAUGUCGACCACGUUUUUAGAAGAAAUUCUUCAUAAAAUAAGACAUUUUAACUAUGUAUUGAUUUUUAAGAAAUAUAAUGUUUGAGUUAAUCUACACUGAGUAUUAAUUUUGCAUACGAUUCAUUUGAUUUUUUUAUUAUAGAGAUGAUUUUUUUUUUGGUAGCGUAUAUAUGCAAUCUGACUAUAACGUUCUCUUACGGUAAUUUCAAGUCUGUGCCUUGCAGUAUCGGCAUUUUAAUACAUUAAAAUUACCUUCACGAUUUAAAUUGCAUUUUUAUUUUGAUAUGUGUUACGAUUUGUUCAUAAAACUUUGAAUAUGUAAUGAGUAAUUACUUACGUACAAAAUAAAAACAAUGUUCGGAAAUUCCAGAUCUUUUAAUUCACCACAGUGCGUAACUAAAUAAUUAAAUAUGUAAACAUUUUAGGGUUUUAUUGUUUGCAUACGUAACGUUAUCAUUUAAUUGUUCAUACCGUUGCCUAGCAACGUGUUGUUAUCAGGUGAGAUAGGUACAAUGGUACCUCAAAAAUAAGGCAAAUUUUAGCUACUACCUUAUAAUAAAUUAUAUUUUGAAAUUAACAAAAUAUCAUUACUAUUCAAAAUAUCUAUAAUAUCUAACAACACUGAAAAAUAUAUAAUAGUUUAACUCCAAAAUGUAAAAUAAAUAUUAAAAAUACGUAACUACUACUACUAAAACAUAACGAAAAAUUGUAUUCUGAACAUAGGUCAAAUAGUUGAAUGUUUUUUAUAAACCCUAUUCAAUACAUAUGAGUUGUUUAAUGAAGGUUUAAUGUUACCAUUAUUAAUAAUUGCAAUUCAUAGUCUUGUUAUUAAAAAAAAAAAAAAAACUAAUUAUUAGGAAAUAUUGAUAUUAGAUUCACUGAAAAUAUAGUGCGAGAAAGAUUCUGAAUAAGUUUAUAAAUUAAUUAAGACUGAUUAUAUUGAUUUAUUAACUCUUCUUUUUCAUUAAAUAUACAGGGUAACAUUGAGAAGAUUUUUGUUUUUAUUUUAAAACUAUAGGCGAAAGUAUUGUUUAUAAAGUUACUACUUUUUAACAUGAGUUUUUAUCCUGUAUAUAAUUAAAAAAAAAAUAAUGCUUUGAAAAACUGUAUUGUGGUUACUUGUACCGAUGCCUACUUCCAUACUCUCAUAGAAAAGACAAACUUAUAGAAAAAUAUAUAUUGAGUAUUAUAUAAGUCUAUUGUAUUAGAUAACUUCUAUGAAUAAGAUUCUGUUAAUUAAUUACUAAUUUUCAACAAUUUUUGUAAAAUAUAUGAAUAAAUCAAUGA